CCAUUUCAUAUACCCGUUUGUUCAUGCUCGUCAGAGCAAAUCCCUUUCGUAUUCAGCGCUCGGGUUAUGCCCUUCCUCUUUGCUCCUCCUUAUCAUACAGAAGCCGCGGCGGCUUCAAUACCGGCCGCGUAUUGCCCUCGCUCUCCGCUAUAUCAUCCCCUUUGUCAUCACUAGCCCUAUCCCCUUUUAUUUCUCCGUCCGCGAAGACAUCUCCUAUUUCCCCCUUCCUACUGUCCCGUCGCCAACGCCGCAUUCUCUCUACGAUCCUUGUAGAGGGCCGCCGCGCACUUGAGGAGGUAGAAGAUCUCUGGGACGCGCUUUGCGUCGCGGUCAGCGCUUCCGGGCUCGAGGUGUUUCUUCUCGCGCGCGUAGAUCUCGUUGACCGCGCUCCAAGGAGACGUUGUGCUCUCCUUGGUGUAUUCCAUGAAGACGGCGCCAUCCGCUUGCCCGUUGACAGGCAGCCAGUCUUCGCCGCCGCGGUGCUUCCAGACGGACGCCUCCAGGUUGUCCAUCUGCUCGAAGAACUCCUCCGCCUCGUCGCUGUUGUCCCUCAACGCCGGCCGGUACUCGUACAUGAGGAAGAUGAAGGCGAUAUUCGCUGCCACGACGUCACCCGCGGCCAGGUUCAUGCGCGUGCGGAGGAAGUUCUCGCUGUUGGCGGCCUUGGUGUUGAGCUCCGCGGCGGGCUGGAAGUUUGUAAGGAGUGGCAU